GAGAGGUUGAAAGGUACCGCUCUGCUUCCAGCCCUUCUUCUAUGAAAAGUUGUGAUUUAUGCCGAGUGAAUUAAGAAUUCGAUGUAUUGAGUCUCUUUGAAUCAGUUUCAUGUAUGUUCGGUGAUUUUUGCACUGAGAGCUUGUCGAUAGCGAUUGUGCCGCAGAUACCAGUGGAAUUGCAUUGCAACUAUUAAACCUGGUGAUUGAAACGAGUGUUGUAUGCCCCAAGAAUAUAACAUUAUCAUUAUCUUUGGAAUCAACAACUGACAACCUCCGCAGAUCUGAGUAACGGGCGAAGACGCAGGGCUGUAGAAUCCCACGGCCACGAGAUGUUCACCAAGGCCUUGAGAGUUCAUAAGGAUUUUAUGUGACAAAGAGCUCCACAUGCUUCCAGGGGCGUCGUAGGAGGCAUGAUUGUGACGCCCACCUACAGCCGCGAGAUGGGCGAGGGCGGCCGUCUGCUGCCCGCCGCCCGCGUACCGACCCUGGGCCUGCCUGACCCGAACCCCGCGCCCACGUACAAGUCGGACGUGGGCGUGUACAAGGCGGGCAUGGGCGUCGCCGGGGCCUACGACCACAACAAGAACAGUCUGAGCGAGAAGGAGGGCAGCUCCGGCGGGGCGCUCGGGCCGCACGCGCACGCGCACCACCUGCAGCCCUUCACGGCGCCCUGGCUGGCCGAGGUCGCCCACAUCACGCCCGCGCGCCCCAGCGACCACCUGCCCUACCCGCAGGCCCCCGCCCCCUCCCUGCCCGACUACUACCCGCACUACCCCAGCCUGGCGCACCGCCCCGCGGGCUACUACCCGCACCCGUUCCUGCCCCCGGGCGCCGCGGGCCACUUCCUGCGCGACUACCCCCGCCACGCGCCCCGCCCCUACCCCCCGCUGGACCCGCGGCCGCCCCUCGAGAGGCCCACGGCCGUGUCGGCGGCCCCGCCCCUCAUGCGGCCGCUGGCGCCGCCGCCCCUGCGCGGGCUGCACCCCGACCCCAGGGACCCUCGCGACCCCAGGGACCUCAGGGACGUACCGCCGCCGCCGCCGCCCGGGAAGAUGCGGCCGCGGCCGCCGGACCUGACGCUGCCCGUGAGCCCCGGCGUGCCCCCGGGGGAGCCCUCCCCGCGGGGGCCGCACGGGGAGCCGAGCCCCAAGCGCCGUGCGGGCGCCUCCGCCUUCCCGAUGCCGGCGCCGAGGUCCCCGCGCGCCGGCCACAGGGGGCACUCGGCCCUGGCGGCGUCGGGCCCCCCCGGUCCCAGGGGCGGGGCCCCCUCCCUCAGCACCGCCGCCCGUACCGGGCCCUCCGCUGCCCCGCCCGCCCGCGUCGGGGCCCGUCGCCUCGGCCUCGGCGCCCGCGCCCCCGCCGCCCCCGCCGCGACGCCACCCGAAGAGCCGCGUCCCGCCUCGCCGUACCACGCCCACUUUGCCCGCGGCGCCCUCGUCACAGUGGGCACGACGGUGCGGCGCGUCGAGGAGCUCGAGACCAAGGACUUCCUGGAGGCGGCGCGCGCGGCGGACGACCUCAAGCUGGACCCGUCGACGGUGGCCGCCAUCUGCAGCAGCCCCAGCCGGCCAGGCACCUCCACCAUCACCUUCACCUUCCCCUCCAGGAACACGCAGGUCUCCGUCGAGGCUUCCCUGGACCACCCGUUCUUCGUGUUCCACUGCGGCUGGUCCUCGUGCUGCCCCGAACGCACGCAGAAGAAGUACGAGCUGAAGGUGCGGCAGCUGCAGGUUGGCGACGUGUGCGUGUCCCUCACCAAGAAGGAGCCUCCCGCAGCCGCCCCCGACUCGGCUGCUUCCCUGCCCCCGCCGCCCCCGACGUCCUCCGCCGCCCCUGCCUGCUCGCCCGCCGUCGCCAUCGCCGGCUCCCCUUCCUCCUCCGCCGCGAACCAAGUGCCAUCGACGUGUGCCGACUCAGCAGCCAACCCAGCACCUACCUCCCCCUCCACAUCCACCUCAGUCUCCACUUCCACCGCCGCCACGACGCCCACCCCGACCUCCGCCUCCCCCCCGCGCGUAUCCCCCUCCGACGCCUCCGGCAGCAGCAGCAGCGGCGGCAGCGCCAACAGCAGCAGCAGCAGCAGCGGCCAGGGCCUUCCGCGAGCGAAGAAGGGGAGCGCCUCACUGCCGUUCCUAGGGGGGGCUUCGGGCUCGAGCGUGUGGACCAAGCCGGCGGCGCUGAGGACCACGGAGCGCCAACAUUCCAGCGACGAGGCGCAGAAGGAGGAGAAGGACUCGGUUCGCAAGCGCCGCUGGUCCGACCCGGGCCAAGGGACGUGACACCCACACCGGCGCCGGGUAGCGUGCGAAGGGGCCUCUCCGCCGGCCCCCUUGUAACCGCGUUCUGAUUAGUCCCGUUUCGGUUUAGCGAGUGACGAAAUUUUCAUGACGG